CGCAUUCAUACAUACAAUUGACAAAAAUAGUUAAUUUUUCGACUUUUGUAACAUUAAUUUGUGACAUGACCAAUGUGUAGUCAUAGUAUCAACUGUCUCAUCAAAUAAAAGGUUGUGAUCUUUUAUUCUUUCGAGAGUUAUUUGUGGUUAAAAAAAAAUAUAGUGAUCGAUAUGAAGAGAAAUUGGAAGAAUGAUGGCGAGAUUGAGAAAUUAGCUAUGGCUAACUGCAUGAUGUUACUUGAUCAAGUAGGCCAAACUAAUCGCGGUAAGGCUUUUCAUUGCAAGACAUGUAACAAAACAUUUUCGUCGUUUCAAGCACUUGGUGGCCAUCGUACAAGUCACAAAAAGCCUAAAACGACAAAUGAUCAUCAUCAGUCGCCUACAAAGGCCAAGACACAUGAAUGUUCUAUUUGUGGAUUAGAGUUUGAGCUCGGGCAAGCGUUGGGUGGUCAUAUGAGGAGACAUCGGGAGAGUCACGUGGACAAGAGUGUCGCGGCGUCUGUGGUGGUAGAAGAGGGAAAUGGUGGCGCGAGAGGGUUGUGUUUGGAUUUGAAUUUAACACCUUUUCAAAAUGAGGUUAAAUAUUGGAAUUGUAAUAGUGGAACUGUGGAAAUUGCUUUAUAAAAUUUGGUCUUUGUAGUA